CAGAGUCUAGCUGCGGACUUGCUGUCACUACGGCGCGAACGUCAACUAGCAAAUCGAGAGAGCUCAUUGGGUCCGUGUGGAGAAGCAGAAACGUAAAAGUGGGGGAUAAAGGAGGCUGGCGUAGCAGAUUUACCAAUGAAGGAGAUGUGCUCAGCUGACCUGGGAACUCCACAGCGCUAUAAAUGUGAAGAGGGGACCUUGAAAGACAAAAAUAAUGAUGAGAAAAAGAAGAAUCUCAUGCUCCAUAGGAACCUGCUUUUCAUAGAUCCCAUGGACAUUAAGAAAGAAGACAGUGAGAGCAAAUCUGUGCACUGUCAGCUGGGAAGUCUUGGAAUUAAGGAGGAGUGUUGUGAAUUGCCGCCAGUAAUUAUUAAAGAAGAAUCUGAGCCAACAUCUAUUAACGUUUAUAAGCAGACAACUGAAAAUGUAAACAGUAUCAAAGAGGAGGCUAUCGAAUCAGAGUCUGUGUGUCCAAGUGAAUCAGGCCUUCCUUUGAGCAAGGACCGUAGUCUACAGCAUCAUUCUGUUCAUGUAAAGGCUGAACCUUUGGAGUCUAAUGUGAAGAGGAGUGAGAAAGUAUUGUGUUCAAGUCAUUCUGGAGAAAAUAUGCAAGGGGGUGCUUGUGUCUCUCUACCAUCAUUUAUUGAGUUCUAUCUUCAGUGCAAGCCAAAGCAGACAAGUCAUGACGGAAAAAUGAAGACAAUGAACUCUGGAUCGGAGAUUUUAAUACCAGACGCUUUACAGGGUAGAUCUCAAGCCACUGUGGAACUAACUUGGACUGACACAAUAAACACUGAGCAAGAAGUGCAAAGUUCAAAUCCAGAAGAUCUGCAUGUCUGUGAUGAUUUAAGGAAAACUGUUAUAUGCAAGCAUAAACAAAAAGAUGACGGGAGAAGUUGUGUAACAGGGGGGCAAUAUUGCUGUUCUGACUGUGGAAAACAAUUUUCUAGUAAUAGCCAUUUUCAGAGGCACUCACAAAUUCACACUAGAGACAAGCCGUAUUGCUGUUCUGAAUGCGGAAAACAUUUCUCUACACGUAGUUACCUUCAGAAGCACUCAAAAAUCCACAUUGGAGAGAAGCCAUACUGCUGUUCUGAAUGUGGUAAACUUUUUUCUACAAGUAGCUAUCUUCAUGGACACUCAACAGUUCACACUGGAGAGAAGCCAUAUUCCUGUUCUGAAUGUGGCAAACAAUUCUCCAAAAACAGCAGCCUUCAGGCCCACAGAAGAAUUCACACUGGAGAAAAGCCAUAUUGCUGUUUUGAAUGUGGCAAACGAUUCUCCGUAAAUAGCCAUUUUCAUAACCACAGAAGAACUCACACUGGGGAGAAGCCAUAUUGUUGUUUAGACUGUGGCAAACGAUUCACUGUCAGCAGUAGUCUUCAGGCCCACACGAAAAUUCACACUGGAGAAAAACCAUAUUGCUGUCCUGAAUGUGGGAAACGAUUUGCAAAGAACAGCACUCUAAAUAUACACACAAGAGUUCACACAGGAGAGAAACCAUAUUGCUGCACUGAAUGUGGAAAACGAUUCACCAUGAAUAGCAGUCUUCAGGUACACAUAAGAAUUCACACUGGAGCAAAGCCGUAUCGGUGUCCUGAAUGUGGCAAACAAUUCUCUGUGAAAAGUCAUUUUCAGACCCACAAAAGAAUUCAUACUGGGGAGAAGCCGUAUUAUUGUUCUGACUGUGGAAAAGGGUUUACCACAAAUACCAGUCUUCAGAACCACACAAGGAUUCACACUGGAGAGAAGCCAUAUUGCUGUUCUGACUGUGGCAAAAGAUUCUCUGGGAGGAGCAGCUUUCGUACACACAGAAAAAUGCAUGCUAAACAAGCACAAAUUAACCCCAACCUUUUCACCUUAUGCACAGAUGGAGACAGUGCAGCAUGCUUCUUUCAGUCUGUUGAGAAUGUGAUAUGGCAGAAGGAAGAAGAGCAGCGUCUGCUGAGCAAUGAGGCUUAUUUCCUAGUACUUGGAUAUAAAUAUGGGCUAAUGGAAAAUACUGGCAUCAAUGUCAAAGGCCCCGCAUAUGAGUAUGAUGAGCUGACGGUGACAAAAUCUCCUAUCGUGGGGCCCCCCUCAGGCAUGGAGCCUGGGGCGAUUGCCCUAGUCGCCACCCCCAAAGGCCGCCUCUGGUGGUGGCAAAGGAGACUGGCUUUACAGAACUGCAGAAUGGAGAUGUGCCCAUCUGUACAGGAAAUUCAAGAGGUGAGCUAUAAAUGUGAAGAGGUGGCUUUGGAUGAAGAAAAAAGUAACAAUGAGAAAAAGGAAAAUCUUAUGCUCCACAACAGCCUCCAUUUUGUGGAUACCACAAACAAAAGAACUGAAGACAUCAAGAAAGAAGACCGUGAGUGGGAAUCUGUAAACAAUCCGCUGGGAAGUCAUGGAAUUAAAAAAGAAGACCCUGAAUGGGUAUCUGUGAACAAUCAGCUGAGAAUUCACGGAAUUAAGAAGGAAGACUGUGAAUUGGAAUCUGCACACAAUCAACUGGGAAGUCAUGAAGUUAAGAAAGAGGAAGAUUGUGAAUGGGAGCUAGUGAGUGUUAAAGAAGAAUCUGAACUGAUAUCUAUUAGCUCUGACGUACAGAAAAAUGAAAUUUUAAGUAGCAUCAAGGAAGAAGCUGUCAAAUCCGAUUCUGUUCCUCAGUUUGUGUGUCCAGACAAAGAGGUGCCUCAGUUUGGCUUUACACCAAGCAGCGACCAUCUUCUACAGCAUCAUUCUGUCAGUGUAAAAUCAGAGUCUUUGGAGUCUGACAUGAAGAAGACUGAGAAAGCAUCAUGUUCAAGUCAUUCUAGAAAAGAUUUACAGAAGAAUGACUGUGACUUUCCGCUACCAUUUACUGAGACCUCUCUUCAGUGCAAACCCCAGCAGACAUUGCAUGAUAGAAAUCGGAAGAUACUGAAGUCUGGAUCCGAGAUUUUAAUACGCAAUUCUUUACAGGGUAGCUCUCAGCCUAUUAAUACAACACAGGCCGAUGUGACAAACAGUCAACAGCAUGUACAAAGUUUGAAUUCAGCAGCUUUGCCUGUCUCUGAAGAUUUGAGAAAAAUAAAUAAACGCAAAUAUGAUCACAGUGUUUAUCAGAAGAUAUGUGCAAACUGGGAGCAAAAUACCUGCUCUGACUGUGGAAGACAAUUCUCUACAAGUGAGCGACUUCAGAGCCACAGAAGAAUUCACACUGGAGAGAAGCCUUAUUGCUGUUCUGAAUGUGGCAAAAGAUUCACAACAAUUAGCCAUCGUAAUAUACACACAAAAAUUCACACUGGCGAGAAGCCAUAUGGCUGUUCUGAAUGUGGCAAACAAUUCUCAACUAAAAGCCAUCUUCAAAUGCACACACGAGUUCACACAGGAGAGAAGCCAUUUUCCUGUUCUGACUGUGGAAAACGAUUUUCUGGUAGUAGCAAUCUUCGUAAACAUGAAAGAAUUCAUACAGGAGAGAGGCCACACUGCUGCUCUGAAUGUGGCAAACGAUUUUACGACACUACCGAUCUUCAUAAACACUACAGAGUUCACACUGGGGAGAAGCCAUAUUGUUGUUCUGAAUGUGGGAAGAGCUUCACAAAGAACAGAAGUCUUCAGAUCCAUGAAAGACUUCACAAAAGUUAGAAGCUGUAUUUCUGUUGUGAGUGUGGGAAACCUUUUCCUAAUAAUAUUAAUUUCCAGGUCCAGACAAGCAUUUGCAAUGGUGAGAACUAGUAUUGCUGCUCUGGCUGUGGCAAAUGAUUCUUUGGAGCAACUUUCAUAGAUAUAGAAAGAUUCUUGCAAUUUAGGCACAAAUCAACUCCCAGCAUCCACACCUAGAGACAGUAUGGCUCACUAGGGUGGGCUAUAGUACCCAAGUCUGGUCUCAAGACCUUUUUCAUUUGUAUUGGGUUUGGAGGUUGGGUGACAAUCGAAGCAAGUCUUUUCAACUUUGAUUUUUGGUUAACAUCUUGUGGGUAUUAUGAGACAACUACUCGUUGCUUUCAAUUUUGUAGAUUUAAAGAAAAGCAUCACGUUGUUUGUCCAUAACCUGUUUUUCUGUCUGGACUAAAAAAAAAAAAGAGUGAAAUUGUUUUUCUGGUUUUCAAUAUUGUGUUUGAAAAUCAAAAUAAACUCGUCCUCCUGUUUCUCAAGUACAAGCAUGGACUUCUGUAGUACUGUAAAGGACCGAUUUGUGUAGACGCAUACAAGAGCUAAAUAAUUCAUAGAAGAGCUGCACAGAGCAGAUACAAAACUCUUUGAGAAGUUCCAGUCUUUGGUAAGAGUUGAGUUUAUACAAAAACUCUUUUAAAAUGUAAGUGACUCCUGCAUUACUUCAUGUGCUAACAUACAUUGACUGUUUAGCAUGGUCUUGUCUUUGUAGCCUGUGACUUGGUAUUUACCUGCAUAGAGAAUGUAAGUGAUACACCAUACUGGAAAGCUGAUGUGGAUCUAUCUGUGUGAUACGUUAGAAUUGAAUCUGACGUUGAGUAGUCAAUGAAAGAGUUUCAGUUUGACUUUAUGUGACUUUUACUUCACAAAACCCUUCAUGAGGCAUGGGGUUACAAAUUCUUACAUAUUUCUAAAGAGUGUUCAGUGCAAUGCCAGCUAACAAACCAUAUUUGAAAUAAUGAGGCCUAAGUUGAACCUAUACUGUUGUUUCAUUUUGUUUUUGAUUAAAUAAAGGUGCAAAAUAUUCAUCUAAACAUCAAA